ACGACUUGAAAGAAUGGCUCCUCAAGAGACGGACGCGAAUGGUGUGCUGUUCGAGCAUGACGUGGAGACGAAGGACGCGGCCCUGGCGAAGACGCCGGUCCAGCAAGCCGGAGACGAAAAGUGGGAGACCCAUUACGUGUGGCAUAUCAUCAUAUUCGUUCCGUUGGUCUAUAUAAGCGGGGUGUAUGGAGGCUACCUGUUCCUAGUGUCGGCGACAUGGCAAACGAAGAUAUUUACCAUCUUCUUGUAUGUGUCGUCGCUCCUGAGCGUCACCGCGGGAGCCCACAGGCUCUGGAGCCACAAAGCCUACAAGGCUAAAUGGCCUCUCCAACUUAUCCUUACGUUCUUCCACACUAGUGCUCUCCAGUACUCGGUGAUAAACUGGGUACGCGACCACCGCAUGCACCACAAGUAUGCGGACACGGACGCGGACCCACACAACUCCCAGAGAGGGUUCUUCUUCUCCCAUGUAGGAUGGCUGAUGGUGGGUAAACACCUGGAGUUCGAGCGGAAAAGCAUGGGGCUGGACAUUAGCGAUGUCGAAGCAAAUCCUAUACUGCAGUUUCAGCGAAAGUAUUACGUAAUCCUGGUCACGAUUAUCUGCUUCAUCCUCCCCACUAUUAUCCCGGUCUACUUCUGGAACGAGACCUGGAUAAACGCCAUAUUAGUGCCCGGGAUGUUCCACCGCUUCUGCGUAUACAACGCCAUUGGAUUCGUCAACUCCGCUCUCCACAAAUGGGGGUACAAGCCCUACGACAAGGACAUGGCGGCUUCAGAAAUUCAUCUUUUCAAUUAUUUAUUAUUAGGAGAAAGCGCCCAUAACUACCACCACGCUUUUCCUUGGGAUUAUAGGACGUCAGAACUCGGAAUAAGCACGACGUUUAGUUUGACUACAGCGUUCAUAAAUUUAUUUGCGAGAAUCGGCUGGGCUUACGACUUAAAGACUAUUUCUGAUGACAUCAUUCGGAAGCGUGUUAUGCGUACUGGAGAUGGCUCUCACCAAAUUUGGGGGUGGGAUGACAAAGACGAGUGA